CUUUGCUUUUUGUUAGUUGGUGAGAAGGUGGCUGUUAACAAGCCAGGUGGCAUUCCUCCUGCAAACACUGUGCUGCCUGAAACUGCUUGCACCUUAUAGGAGCAGCAGCUGAUCAGAACAGAGCAAUAUGGUGAGCAGUAUUAUAUGUGUAACAUCUUUUGGCUUGUUACUUUGCAGUUUGUCAUCAUGACUGAAAACAAUAGACUAACCACGAUGAAAAGGACCUCUGCUGCUUAUUUGACUUUUUUGUCAGUUUUUUGCUUUUUCACACUGGGAUCUUCAGACUUUCACCAUAUUACUCUCACUGAGAACUACACACAAGCCAAGAGUUAUUGCAGAGAUAUGUACACUGAUUUAGCAACAAUUUACAACUUAGAAGAUAUGAAUAAUCUGGUUUCUUUAGCUUCAAAUAUAACUGAAAACACUUGGAUAGGACUGGAGAUCGGAGCUGUGUGGAUGUGGCAUUGGUCUUUGCCUGGUCAAUUAACAGAUUUUUUUAAGUGGAAAUCAGGAGAAGUAAUAACAAAUAAUCAAGAAGAAUGUGCAGCAUUGGAUCAAUUUGGUGGGUGGUUUGUCAGUGCCUGUGGAGUUCUAAGAAAGUUUGUUUGUCAAGGGACACAUACUGGUGAUUUCAUUUUUGUUAAUGAGUCCAAAUCGUGGUGGGAUGCUCAGAGUCAUUGCAGGGGCUUGCCAUCUGAUCUAGUUAGCAUACACUCUGAAGCAGAGAAUAUGGCAGUGCUCAACGUGUCUGCAUCACAAACUGUCUGGAUUGGGCUGUUCAAAGAUCCCUGGAAAUGGUCGGAUGGAAGUAACUCAUCUUUUCGUUUCUGGAGAGCUUCUCAGCCCAGCUAUCUUCCAAAUCAGGAUUGUGUUGCUGCAGUAUUUCAAGAUAAUGGGAAGUGGAAUAAGCAAAGCUGCAGUAACCAACUCAAUUUUGUUUGCCAUGGGGCUGCUGCUACCAAACAGUCAAGCACCAUUACCACAACAGAAGGAACAGCUGCAGGUGGAGUGAGAACACCAAAUACCACAGAGCUUAUGUCACCUACAUCAAGUACUCAUCUCCAAAGUACAACUACAGAAAUGUCAUCUUUGACACAGCCACCUCCUGCAACUACUGUGAAUUUAACUACGGGUGGUGACUCUAUAUUAACAACCCCGGGAGGAAUUUCAGCCCAGAUCUCAACAACACAGACAGGGAUUUCAGUCCCAAACACCACAGAACAUAUAGAGAUUUCAUCCCAGAACACUGCAAUACAGAAAGAGACUUCAGCCCAGAACACUACAGCAUACAUAGAGACUUCAACCCCAAACACUACAGCAUACAUAGAGACUUCAACCCCAAACACUACAGCAUACAUAGAGACUUCAACCCCAAACACUACAGCAUACAUAGAGACUUCAACCCCAAACACUACAGCAUACAUAGAGACUUCAACCCCAAACACUACAGCAUACAUAGAGACUUCAACCCCAAACACUACAGCAUACAUAGAGACUUCAACCCCAAACACUACAGCAUACAUAGAGACUUCAACCCCAAACACUACAGCAUACAUAGAGACUUCAACCCCAAACACUACAGCAUACAUAGAGACUUCAACCCCAAACACUACAGCAUACAUAGAGACUUCAACCCCAAACACUACAGCAUACAUAGAGACUUCAACCCCAAACACUACAGCAUACAUAGAGACUUCAACCCCAAACACUACAGCAUACAUAGAGACUUCAACCCCAAACACUACAGCAUACAUAGAGACUUCAACCCCAAACACUACAGCAUACAUAGAGACUUCAACCCCAAACACUACAGCAUACAUAGAGACUUCAACCCCAAACACUACAGCAUACAUAGAGACUUCAACCCCAAACACUACAGCAUACAUAGAGACUUCAACCCCAAACACUACAGCAUACAUAGAGACUUCAACCCCAAACACUACAGCAUACAUAGAGACUUCAACCCCAAACACUACAGCAUACAUAGAGACUUCAACCCCAAACACUACAGCAUACAUAGAGACUUCAACCCCAAACACUACAGCAUACAUAGAGACUUCAACCCCAAACACUACAGCAUACAUAGAGACUUCAACCCCAAACACUACAGCAUACAUAAGGACUUCAGUCCAGAACACUACAGCAUACAUAGGGACUUUAGCCCAGAACACCACACAUUCCUCAAUCGUAACGGCCAGUGUAAUCAGUCAAAAUUUGCACCCAGAAGGAAACAUGAUAUUAAUUCAAGAAAACAUGACAUGGAUUGAAGCUUUGAGUUACUGCAGGAAACAUUAUUUUGAUCUUGUUGACAUUAAGACCAAAAACAUACAGGACCAGGUUGCUCAAAAGGCAAAGAAUGCUACAUCAUCCUAUGUGUGGCUGGGUCUACGCUACACUGUUCAAUUUAAUUUUUGGUUCUGGAUUAGGUCAACGUCUAGCUGUUACCAGAACUGGUUACCAGGAGAAGGACCUCAAAGGGAUUAUGGCAGUGCUGUUAGUGGUGCCAUGGAGGCCACUGGGGGGCAGCAGUGGGUAGGUUUGCCCGAGACAGAAAAACUGAAUUUUAUCUGCAACACAUGUGCUGGAUGAAUGAGGGCCAGUGCCUCUUAAUGUAAUGCAAAUGUUAACAUUUUCAUUGUGCUGUAUGAAAAAAUUAACACAUUUUCCUAUACUGACAUGUGCACCCCUUGGUUUAAAAUUCAUGCUGUGUUCAGUUACACCAUCAAUCCAGUGAACCUUGGGGGCCGUGAUCCUGAUUGUUUCAAUGCUAAGUUAUGACAUAUCUCUGUUGAAAUACAGCUGCCUCCUCUGUUGUUAAUAUUGAAUUUAAAUAGAUAUGAAAAUGUUUUUUAAUCUUUGCAUUUAAUGAAUAUGACAUUUUCUACAUGUGUCAUUUACAAGAGCAGGCAUCGUUUAAUCCCUCACCCAGCCGGCCGAACAAGAGGAAAAAAAAGUAAAUGGUAAAUGGCCUGUAUUUGUAUAGCGCUUUACUAGUCCCUAA